UCAAAUUGUAUUCCACGCGCUCGCGUAGUACUUGUACACCGUACGCGCUAAAACUGUUGUCACACGCAUCGCGCUUGCUUCAUACAAAUAGAAUGCUCUCCAAUGCGUGCGCGUGUCGAUGAGUGCAUCAUGCGCGUUUGAGCGCGUGGCGUGUUGACUGCGCGCGUUUGAAAAACUCAAUUUUUUUCGAGAGAAUGUUCAUUUCCUAUUCUUUGCGUACCGUACAAACAGGUAUUCUUUCGUGUUCUUGCGGACAUUCCUCGACUAUUUAUCAUGAGUUCUUCAAGCUCAGCUUCACUCGGUGUCGUUUCUUGCCCAAUCAAUUCCAACACAUUCCCCGGAAAGUUGUGGAAACUAGUGAAUGGCGGACGGUUCCAGUCCAUCGGCUGGAGUAACGCUGGAACUUGCGUUGCAAUCAACGGCACGACCUUCAAGAAUGAGGUCCUCUACAAUGAAGAAUUCAGCGUUUUCAAAACGCAGAACUUCUCUAGUUUCGUCCGGCAGCUCAACCUGUACGGAUUCCGGAAACUGGCGGCAGUUUCCACCAAGGAGAGCAUGUCCGGGGAGGACGUCCACCAUUUCCAGAACCCUUUCUUCAAUCGGAACCGCCCGGAGUUAUUAGGCCACGUUCGCCGGGCUGGCAAUCGACGUCGAGGAGGAAGCGAGAAUGCCGAGAACUCGUAUUUCACCACCACCCCUUACAACCGCUUUGGCCAUCUGUCCUCGGGCUGUCGUAACUCGCAGACAUUGUUCCACCACCAGGGAGCGACUUAUGCCCCGGUCAAGUCCGAACCUCUUCAUGAUAUUCACAAUCGCUUCAGCCCAUACCAGCAGACACCGUUCACCACCAGCACUGUCCAACCGAAUUGCUACGGUCCCUCUUCGUGGAGCCCAAGCGUCAACGGAGCGGGAGUCGGCGGCCUUCACGGCCUGACGUUGAUCGCGAACACGGUCAGCGGGUCUCUCACGGCAACUUGCCCGGCAGAGCCCCGGCAAGUCGACUACCCUACGUUAUUCAACCAACAGGGGCAGCUGAAGAAAUUUGUCGUCAUCCAAGAAGCUGACAUUGGCCAAAGCUUUAUGGGCAGUUUGCAGAAUCCAGGCGGUAUUUCAUUGUCAAGAUGUAAUGACCCCCUGCUGACUACCAGCUAUGACCCAAUGCUGUGUGCCAUACCACAACCGAGCCCUCCUCAUCACCCACCCACCACCAGCCAAGCAUUCAUCAUGUCUCCGACCCCGUCCAAUCAGAGUGGUCUAUGCUACAACCUGGCCCAAGCCGGACACUCCGGACUGAGCAGUGCCAACCCACAACCAUUGCAUCUCGCGUCUAGUGUUGGCCAAGGGGUUCCAGUCUCUACUGAGGUCCCAAUUCAGGUCUACACAAACCUAGCCCCGCUUGUAUCCGUAGACAGUCAACUGCAGCAUCGCCAGCAGGUGUGUCUUCCCCAAGUGUCAUCAAGUGGAGGGCCGUCAGGCGGUUCAUCUGCAACAGUUUCAGACGACUGUGGAAACAUUGAGGGAAUGUCCAACGUAGGCACCAGUACGGGUGUAUAAACAUGAAUUACCACAAGAAGUAUCAGCAACUGAUUGUGGAAAGCACACCAAGGGCCGGGGUGGGGGGGGGGGAGACUCAGAACCCGCCCCCUCUUUUCCCCAGAGCAUCACUCACGUGUAAGACGUGUACACCAAUAGUACAAAUUUAAAAGAAUAAUAAAACAACAUUUUCAAAAAUGGUACAUCACUCGGUUUUUAUAGCCUGUGCACUAUGUUUUGUUGUUGAGCAAUAAGGAAAUGCACAAAAUAAAGUAUGCCUCGAGUGUUCCAACAACCCAAAAAUGAAAAGCAACUUUAAGUGUGGUAUGUAAGAAUUUAAUAUUACUCUAAUUGUAAAAAUGAUUUUUUUUUUUGUAAAUAUAUUGUUGUAAACUUUGGACCGGUUGUGAGAUGACCGUC